CGCGGCGGCGGCGGCGGCGGCAGCGGCAGCAGACAUCAUGUCGGAGAAAAAGCAGCCUGUGGACUUGGGGCUCCUGGAGGAGGACGACGAGUUUGAGGAGUUCCCGGCCGAAGACUGGGCCGGCCUGGAUGAGGACGAGGACGCCCACGUCUGGGAAGAUAACUGGGACGACGACAACGUCGAGGACGACUUCUCCAAUCAGUUACGAGCCGAGCUGGAGAAACACGGAUACAAGAUGGAGACCUCGUAGCGGCGCCCGGGGCGGCGGAGGACUCUUGGCGGCCCCCGGAAGAGGGCGCGGGAGGGAGGGAGCCCCCGUUUCUUUGUCCGCGGCCGGGGGGCGUCGGGUCGAUGGAGCAGCACAAUAAAUGGUUCAGUCCCGC